AUGGCGACGGAGAAGUUAAUGGCCGCUGGUGGCCCGCGCUACGUUCAGAUGAAAUCGUCUCCGCCAACUUCUCCUCCGACGGCCGAUAUCGGGUCAAGUCUGUCGUUUCGUCACAGCUCCGUCAGCGACGCGUAUCGGAUUUUCGAUGAAUUGCCGAAAGCUUCUAUUAUCUCCGUCUCUCGUCCUGAUCCUAGUGAUAUCAGCCCUAUGCAACUCUCUUAUACCAUUGAGGUUGAGUAUAAACAGUUCAAGUGGGAGCUAGUGAAGAAAGCUCAUCAAGUAUUUAUUUUGCAUUUUGCGUUAAAGAAGCGUGUCUUUAUUGAGGAAAUUCAUGAGAAGCAAGAGCAGGUUAAAGAAUGGCUUCACAAUCUAGGAAUUGGAGAACACACUACUAUGGAACAAGAUGACGAGGAAGGUGACGAUGAAACAGUUCCUUUACAAACUGAUGAAAGUGCUAAAAACAGAGACGUUCCAUCUAGUGCUGCUCUUCCAAUUAUACGGCCAGCUUUAGGAAGACAGCAUUCUAUUGCAGACAGGGCAAAAAGUGCAAUGCAAGGGUAUCUGAAUCACUUUUUGGGAAAUAUUGGUAUUGUUAACUCUCCUGAGGUUUGUAAGUUCUUGGAGGUGUCAAUGUUAUCUUUUUCACCUGAAUAUGGCCCUAAGCUGAAGGAGGAAUACGUGAUGGUGAAGCAUCUGCCUAAAAUUAAAAAGGAUGAAGACUCCCGAAAGUGUUGUUUGUCUGACUGUUUUAAUUGUUGUAAUGACAAUUGGCAAAAGGUGUGGGCCGUACUGAAACCUGGAUUCUUGGCAUUGCUGGCACAUCCUUUUGAUAAACAGCCCUUGGACAUUAUUGUUUUUGAUGUACUGCCUGGCUCAGAUGCCAACGGGGAUGGCCGUUUAUCAUUAGCGAUUGAAAUGAAGGAACGGAAUCCUUUACGACAUUCGUUCAAGGUGACUUGUGGAAUCCGAAGUAUUAGAAUUAGAAGUAAAAGUAGUAGUAAAGUUAAAGACUGGGUUGCUGCAAUCAACGAUGCUGGACUCAGACCUCCUGAAGGCUGGUGUCAUCCUCAUCGCUAUGGUUCUUUUGCUCCUCCAAGAAGCUUAAAUGAAGAUGACAGUCAAGCUCAGUGGUUUGUAGACGGGCAAUCAGCAUUUGAGGUCAUUGCUUCUUCAAUCGAAGAUGCCAAAUCCGAGAUAUUUAUCUGUGGGUGGUGGCUGUGCCCAGAACUGUAUCUACGGCGACCUUUCCAAACUCAUGCUUCAUCAAGGCUUGAUAAUCUUUUGGAAGCAAAAGCUAAGGAAGGGGUUCAGAUUUACAUUCUUCUCUACAAAGAGGUGGCUCUUGCUUUGAAAAUCAACAGUGUCUAUAGCAAGAGAAAGCUUCUUAGCAUUCAUGAGAAUGUGAGGGUAUUACGCUAUCCCGACCACUUUUCUACUGGUGUUUACCUGUGGUCACACCAUGAAAAACUUGUCAUUGUUGAUAAUCAUAUUUGCUUCAUCGGAGGACUAGAUUUAUGCUUUGGUCGAUACGACUCGCCUGAGCAUAAGGUGGGGGAUGUCCCUCCACUAAUUUGGCCUGGAAAGGACUAUUACAACCCAAGAGAAUCUGAGCCAAAUUCAUGGGAAGACACCAUGAAAGAUGAAUUGGAACGUGAAAAAUAUCCUCGUAUGCCUUGGCACGAUGUUCAUUGUGCCCUUUGGGGACCACCUUGUCGUGAUAUUGCCAGGCACUUUGUUCAGCGAUGGAAUUACGCUAAGAGGAACAAAGCUCCAUAUGAGCAAACAAUACCACUACUCAUGCCUCAACAUCAUAUGGUUAUUCCUCAUUACUUGGGAAGCAGUGAGGCACCAAUUGAAAUUAAGAACACUGUCAAUGAUAGAGCCCUCAAGAGAGAAGAUUCAUUUUCCUCAUCUUCCCAAGACCAAGAUAUUCCUCUACUCCUGCCUCAAGAGCCAGGUGGGUUAGAUGAUCCUGAAGAAGACCCAAAACCAAAUGGGCUAAUCUCCUUUCUGCAUCACCUUGACACGCCUAGAAGGAUCAGCAGUGGCCUUCCUUUCUCAUUCAGAAGGGCCAAAGUUGCAGCAGUUGGUCCUGAUACGCCAAUGAAGGGUUUUGUAGAUGAUCUAGACUCUUCGCAGUGUCACGAGAAAACUGCUCAUGAUAGAGUGGCUCACGUUGAUUCACAAAAUACAGAUCUUGAAUGGUGGGAAACACAAGAGCGGGGUGAUCAGGGAGGGUUUGCAGAUGAAUCCGGACAAAUUGGACCUCGUGCUUCCUGCCGUUGCCAGGUUAUUAGGAGCGUAAGUCAGUGGUCGGCUGGAACAAGCCAAACUGAAGAGAGCAUCCACAAUGCUUAUUGCUCUCUCAUUGAGAAAUCUGAAUACUUCAUCUACAUUGAGAAUCAGUUUUUUAUUUCAGGUCUUUCUGGAGAUGAUAUGAUACGUAAUCGUGUGUCAGAAGCUUUAUAUCGACGGAUUAUGCGAGCUUAUAAUGACAAAAAAUCUUUCAGGGUUAUAGUCGUCAUACCGCUCCUUCCUGGAUUCCAGGGGGGGCUUGAUGAUGGUGGUGCAGCAUCUGUGAGAGCUAUAAUGCAUUGGCAGUAUCGAACAAUUUGCAGAGGGCAAAAUUCUAUCAUACAUAACCUUUAUCAGCUUCUUGGUUCAAGACUACAUGACUACAUCUCUUUUUACGGCCUGAGGAAUUAUGGUAAACUCUCUGAUGGUGGUCCUGUGGCAACCAGCCAGGUGUACGUCCACAGUAAAAUCAUGAUUGUUGAUGAUUGUAUAAGUUUGAUUGGAUCUGCUAAUAUUAAUGAUAGGAGUUUACUCGGCUCCCGGGACUCUGAGAUUGGUGUAGUUAUAGAAGACAAAGAGUUGAUUGAUUCAUAUAUGGAUGGAAAGCCUUGGAAGGCAGGGAAGUUUUCUUUGUCUCUCCGAUUAUCAUUAUGGUCUGAACACUUGGGUCUUCCGGCAGGAGAGGUCAGUCAAAUAAUGGACCCCGUUGUUGAGUCUACAUAUAAGGAUAUUUGGAUGGCAACAGCAAAGACAAAUACUGCAAUUUAUCAGGAUGUCUUUUCCUGUGUACCUAAUGAUCUGAUACACACCAGACUUGCUUUCAGACAAAACGUGGCUUUAUGGAAAGAAAAAAUUGGACACACUACCAUUGAUUUAGGAAUAGCCCCAGAAAAAUUAGAAUCCUAUCAUGAUGGAGAUAUCAAGAACACUCAUCCCAUGGAGAGAUUAGCAUUAGUAAAGGGUCAUCUUGUUUCUUUUCCCUUGGAGUUCAUGUCUCAAGAAAGUCUAAGACCUGCUUUUAAUGAAGGAGAAUACUAUGCCGCUCAAGUUUUCCAUUGA